CCCCUCUUAUUAAAACUAAAAUAAAUAAAUAAAUAACAAAGAGCAGCCAUAGAGCCCUCCGGCAACGCCACUGGGCAUCCGCUCAUCCCCUACGGCGGGGCUAUGUCGGGUGUCCCACCGAGACCAACAUCCACCGUGUCGGAACCCUACACGCCGCCGCCCCCACCAGGAAAAGCUGAGUUGAUUCCGACGGCUCUUUACAGGCAGGGAUCAUGGUCGCCGGACGCGUCGAGGGAGGAGGCGUGGCAACGGCGGAGGAAGGGGAGGAGCAAGAAAGAGCGGAAUCGGAGCUUGACGGCGGAGGAUCUGGAGGAAUUGAAGGCGUGUCUGGAGUUGGGUUUUGGAUUUGAGUCACCCGAAUUGGACAGCCGGCUUUCCAAUACGUUGCCGGCUUUAGGACUGUAUCAUGCUGUGAAUAAAAGUUACAGUGAUUCCAUCUCAAAGUCUGCGAAUAGGACGGCGUUUUCAUCGCCUGAUCGUGAUUACAUCAACUCUCCUUCUCCUCUCGGUAGCCCUCUUGCCAUUUUUGGUUCCUCUGGGGAAAAUCCAAAGGCGGUGAAGACAAAGCUAAGGCAGUGGGCUCAAGUGGUUGCUUGUUCGGUGAAGAACUCAUCAACUUAAAUAUAUCUUAAAUUAUCGACCACUAUGGUUAACUUUAAACUUAACCAUAGUUAACAAAUUUGCAUAUGCCAAGAAGAAAAAUUAAAAAAAAAAAAGGGUCAUAAUCCAACCACCACCUAUUAUCAUUACUCUUUUGUAUCUACCCUUCCUUUAAAUUCUUAGUAAUAUGAUCUUGGGUUAUAUAUAUAAUAGUAAAGAGAAAAAAAGAAAAAAAAUGUGAAUUGUUUUGUUUGUGAAAUAAUUAGCUAUUUUGAGUGUAUAUUUAUUAAUUUUGGAGUUGUGAAGUUUGAAUUUGUGAGGUGUAUGUUUGGAAUUUUGGAAAUAUUAUGUAUGAAUUAAAUAGGUUUUUUUUUUUUUUUUCUUAAA